GCUCUCCUUCAACAACUGAGAGCUACAAUCUGUAAACAGUCACGGUAGACGAGUUCCGCUGUCACAACAGACUAAAAUGACAGACUCGGGGCCAAAGUUCAAAGUUUUCAAGUUCUUAAAGAUCGUUAUUAGUAGCGUCGUCAUUAUAAUCGUGUUGUUAUUUACUAUAGCGUCUCUCAGGACUCUUUCACUGGAUGUAAAUCUCGGGCUUCAACUGGCACAUUGGGAAAAGACGAACAACGUCUCGCUUGUCAUAGACCACCGUCAGAGAGAGGAGCUUCUUUCAAAUUUUAAAGAGGCUAUCCGGAUCCCCACAGUGUCAUUCUCAGAGACGGAGAUCAACAACACGGCGCUGCUUGAAUUUGACAGGUUCCUCCGAAAAGCCUUCCCAACAGUUUUCUCUUCAAGCUUGGUUCAUCAUGAGUUGGUGGCCAACUACAGCCACCUGUUUUGGGUGCAAGGGUCGCAGCCUAACCUGGAGCCAUACCUUCUGCUGGCCCACAUUGAUGUUGUACCUGCCUCUGAGUCGGAUGGCUGGGAGGCUCCACCAUUUUCUGCCAAGGAGAUAGAUGGCUUCAUCUAUGGGAGAGGGACCAUAGAUGACAAAUGCUCUGUAAUGGGAAUACUUCAGGCACUGGAGUACUUGCUGAUUAAAGGCUAUGCUCCACGCAGAGGAUUUUACGUUGGUCUUGGUCAUGAUGAGGAAGUCAGUGGUUUCCAUGGAGCAGUGAACAUAAUGCGCAUACUGAAGCAGCGUGGUGUGCAGCUGUCGUUUGUUCUGGAUGAAGGCCUGGCAAUACUUGAUGGAGUGAUCAGUGGUCUUGAAGGACCUGCUGCUCUAAUUGGGGUAAGUGAAAAGGGUUCAGCCACUGUGAAGCUUAGUGUGUCUAUGGUCCCUGGUCACUCCUCAAUGCCUCCCAGAGAGACCAGCAUUGGGAUCUUGGCUGCAGCAGUGAAAAGACUAGAGGAAAACCCCAUGCCCAGAUUAUUUGGUCAUGGGCCUGAACAAGGAACCUUUGAGCAUCUGGCCCAUAAGUUCAGCCUCCCAUUGAAGUUCAUAAUGUCAAAUUUGUGGCUGUUCUCCCCAGUGCUUGGCAGGGUACUGGAAAGAAGGCCAGAUACUAAUGCUUUGGUUAGGACAACCACGGCAGUCACCAUGUUUAAUGCAGGAGUUAAGGUGAAUAUCAUCCCUUCCCUUGCUGAAGCUCAUGUAAAUCUACGAAUCCACUCAGCACAGUCAUUACAAGAGGUCCUGGACAUCAUCCAGUCUACAGUGGCAGACCAGCGAGUGAAUAUAGAACUUGUUGAGGGGUUUGAUCCUCUGCCUGUCAGCUCUAGUGAUGAAAAGUCCUUUGGCUUCCAGAUCAUUAAGAAAACUGUGCUGGACAUGUUUCCAACAGUUACAGUUGCUCCAGGUAUCUGUAUUGGGAACACUGACAGUCGACACUUCAAAGACCUGACCAGUGAUGUUUAUCGCUUUGCCCCUGUCUGGUUUAAACCAGGUGAUUCUCAGAGAUUCCAUGGCAUCAAUGAAAGGAUUUCCAAAAAGAACUACGAGGAGCUCAUAGUAUUUUACUUCAGUCUGAUUCAAAAUUGUGACAUUCAGAAGCUCCCUGAGCCUCACAGCUCUGUCCAUGAACUUUAAGGAAGUAACAGUGUGGAUCAUAAAAACUCCAUUCUCUUCAAUUCAAAUGGCUGUGUUAGUCUAAAUAAUUUCAACAGCACACAGGACCCUGACUGAUUGUGUAGUUAAUGAGUUUCAAAUCAAAUGAUGUGAUUCUGCAUUUUAGGGUCAAAAGAUGCAAUUUUCCAGUGUGGCUUCAUUGUAAAAAAGGGAUUUUUUAAUCUCAGUUAAUGAUACACUGUAUUGACCUAGCUGUGAUGAAAUGAGCAUGGAAUAAAUGGAGCUUCUCUGCAUUUGUAAUUAAGAUUUUGUGGUAGACUGCUGUGAUUAUGGUACAAGUGAAGGAAAUGGUUAUACUGUGAAUCUUGAAAAUGUGAACUUUUGAUGGUACACAUAAGUUUUAGUUUCAUGACAGACUAUAAACACACAUGCUUCUUACUGUUGAAAUGCUAAACUAUGAUACUUUAAAAUGUGAUGUCAGAUUGUAGGUUUACAGAAUGCUGUACUGUCACUGACUGAUUCAUUAAAAUUAAGACUGAUUUGUAAA